AUGUCGAGGCGCGAGGGGGAUCAAGCGUUUCUGAUCCCCCUCCUCAUGGGUACCUUCAGCUACCUUGCCCGUAAGCCCGGCUCAUCUGCCAGCGAGCUGAUCACGCGCCGAGGCGUGUUCUCUCGCAGGCAAUAUGGGUCGGUGGAGCAGGUCAGCAACCUCGCCGGACCCAGCGACGGACCCGACUCGUACAUCAGACGUUACCGCCUCGAGAAUGGCAACUCACUCGGAGAAAAGGAUGAGCUUUUUGGGCCUCACAACACACCUGUAUUGGAGAACCCGGAGUUCCAAACAAGAUGGUACUUCAAAUACUUUCUGGGAAAAAUGCACCAGAACUACGUGGGGCUAGACUACGCCCGCGAACCUUUCCUACUAAGUGUCGUGCAGGAGAGCUCCGCCGGUCUCAUGCGGGCCAUACUCUUCAACAAAAAUGGUGCCCAAAAGAUCUACAUCCCGCCCAGCGCGUGGAACACGGACCCGAAGACCGAAGUGCGCACGCGGCCGACCGUCAAGCAGAUCCUCUCGCAGUUCCCCUGUAUGGAACGCGUAGACAAGUUGCCGAGGGAGGUGAGCCAUAUCAUGCGCCGAAGUGCAGAAGGACGUACUGCUUUUAGAAGAACAGGAGGGCUCCGUGAACAGGAGGGCUCCGUGAACUUCAAGAUCGGGGUUAUGUUCAUGAGGCCAGGUCAGCGCACCGACGAUGAGAUGCUCUCGAACGAAUUUGGCGAUGAUGCGUUCGAGCGUUUCAUCGAUCUUCUGGGGGAUAGGAUUCGAUUAAAAGGCUGGAAUCGAUUCAGAGGAGGGCUGGAUGUAAAAGGUGACAUGACGGGAUUGUACUCCGUGUACACGAUGCACCACGGGCACGAGAUCAUGUUCCACGUGUCCACGCUUCUGCCCCACUCGAAGGACAACAAACAACAGCUGGAACGCAAACGCCACAUUGGUAACGACAUAGUGAACAUCAUUUUCGUCGACGAGAGGGCCCACGAGACUUUCAACCCGCAGUUCAUAAAGAGCCACUUCACACAUAUCUUUGCCGUGGUCUCAGAGAUCCCCGAAGGCUACAAGCUAAGCAUCUUUAGCGACGAUUGCGUGCCCCCGUUCGGGCCCUCGCUGCCGUGCCCUCCGAUCUUCGUGGACCCCAACCUAUUCAGAGACUACUUACUGGUAAAAAUGAUGAAUGGUGAGAAGUCCGCGUUCCAAACGCCGAUCUUCACUCAGAAGCGUCAGCGCACCCUCGACACACUCAUCAAAGACAUAUACACGGAGCAUUGCACCGACCAUAAAGUGCCGAUGCUGUCCCGCCGCGCGCUGUCCGACGUAUGGUCAGGCAACAGCCAGAGCGCGGGCGCAGCUCGCACGGAGCGAUUCCUGCACAUCGGACAAGCUAUCAAGCUGGACGCCGUGCUGAGAGGUGACGCGCCCACCAGCCUCGCCUCCUCGGGACAGGUUCAACGAACCUGUCGCCGUGCACCGUGGGAGGGCCGCGUCUGGCGCUCGACCCUCUGCCCGGCGCGCCCGUCUGCGCCGAACAGAUCUCUGAGGGCAAGCUGCUGCUGUCCACCAACAACAACACAUACAUACUUGAAGACAGUGGCACGACCCGCGUAAUCCUCCGCUGGGAGGGCAGCGUACGCGCCGUGCGGCUGACGGAGCGCGCCGGGCUCUUCCGCGUCGGCGCCCGGGCUAACGGCGUCAGCUCGGCGUCGAGCAACGCCA